AGCAGCAGUAAUAGCAGCAGUAGUAGCAACAGUAGUAGCAGCAGUAAUAGCAGCAGCAGUAGUAGCAGUAGUAGUAACAGUAGUAGCAGCAGUAAUAGCAGCAGCAGUAGAAUCAGUAGCAGCAGUAAUAGCAGCAGUAGCAGCAGUAAUAGCAGUAAUAGCAGCAGUAGCAGCAGUAACAGCAAUAAUAGCAGCAAUAAUAGCAGCAGUAGCAGCAGUAGUAGUAACAGUAGUAACAGCAGUAAUAGCAGCAGCAGUAGAAUCAGUAGCAGCAAUAAUAGCAGCAGUAAUAGCAGCAGCAGUAAUAGCAGCAGUAGCAGUAGUAGCAGUAAUAGCAGCAGUAGCAGCAGUAGUAGUAACAGUAGUAACAGCAGUAAUAGCAGCAGCAGUAGAAUCAGUAGCAGCAAUAAUAGCAGCAGUAAUAGCAGCAGUAGCAGCAGUAAUAGCAGUAAUAGCAGCAGUAGCAGCAAUAAUAGCAGCAGUAAUAGCAGCAGUAGCAGCAGUCGUAGUAACAAUAGUAGCAGCAGUAAUAGCAGCAGCAGUAGAAUCAGUAUCAGCAAUAAUAGCAGCAGUAAUAGCAGCAGUAGCAGCAGUAAUAGCAGCAGUAGCAGCAGUAGCAGCAGUAAUAGCAGCAGCAGUAAUAGCAGCAGUAGCAGCAGUAAUAGCAGCAGUAGCAGCAGUAGCAGCAGUAAUAGCAGCAGUAGUAAUAGCAGCAGUAGCAGCAGUAAUAGCAGCAGUAGUAAUAGCAGCAGUAGCAGUAGUAAUAGCAGCAGUAGCAGCAGUAAUAGCAGUAAUAGCAGCAGUAGCAGCAAUAAUAGCAGCAGUAAUAGCAGCAGUAGCAGCAGUCGUAGUAACAAUAGUAGCAGCAGUAAUAGCAGCAGCAGUAGAAUCAGUAUCAGCAAUAAUAGCAGCAGUAAUAGCAGCAGUAGCAGCAGUAAUAGCAGCAGUAGCAGCAGUAGCAGCAGUAGCAGCAGUAAUAGCAGCAGCAGUAAUAGCAGCAGUAGCAGCAGUAAUAGCAGCAGUAGCAGCAGUAAUAGCAGCAGUAGCAGCAGUAAUAGCAGCAGUAGCAGCAGUAGCAGCAGUAGCAGCAGUAGUAAUAGCAGCAGUAGCAGCAGUAAUAGCAGCAGUAGUAAUAGCAGCAGUAGCAGUAGUAAUAGCCAUCAGGAGCAGGAGGUGGAGGUGGAGGUGGAGCAGGGGGAGGAGGUGGACCAGGUGGAGCAGGACGAGGAGGUGGAGCAUGUGGAGGAGCAGAAGGUGGAGGAGAUGGAGGAGUGCGGCGAUGAUGACAACGAGGCGCCAUCCUCCCGUCCGUCCGUGCGCUCCGUGUCGUCGCCCAUGGCCCAAGUGGCCGCGUCCCAUGUGGGCAGCUCUGUAGGCCUCAGCUUGGACAGCGCUGGGCCAACCCACCGCGCGAGGCACGGGGUCGCGGUGGUGUAG